AUGUUGAGAGAAAUCGAGAGUGCGUUCCUGAUUCCAUACCUGAUCGCGCUGGUCUUCGAGGGGCUGCCGCUGCUGUAUCUGGAGCUGGCCAUUGGUCAGAGUCUGAGGAAGGGCAGCAUCGGUGUCUGGCACUCCAUCUCUCCUCUGCUGGGUGGAGUCGGCGUGGCGUCGAUGAUCAUCUCGUUGCUGGUGGGUUUGUUUUAUAACACCAUCUUGGCCUGGGUUCUCUGGUAUUUCUUCCACUCGUUUCAGGAGCCGCUGCCCUGGAGCCAAUGCCCCAUCAACGAGAACAACAAUGGUUAUGUGCAGGAGUGUGUCGCCAGCACACCGGUCAACUACUUCUGGUACAGACAGACACUGAACAUCACGCCGGACAUCGAGCAGAGCGGCUCGCUGCAGUGGUGGCUCGUCGUGUGUCUGGCCUCGGCCUGGAGCAUCGUCUACAUCUGCUUCAUACGGGGCAUCGAGACCAUCGGCAAGGCCGUGUAUGUGACGGCCACGUUUCCAUACCUGGUGUUGACCAUCUUUCUGGUGAGGGCCCUUACUCUGCCCGGGGCCACAGACGGGCUUCGGUACCUCUUCACUCCAGACUGGGCGCUGCUGAUGGAUCCUCAGGUGUGGCUGGACGCUGCGACGCAGAUCUUCUUCUCUCUGUCUCUGGCGUUCGGGGGACUCAUCGCCUUCUCCAGCUACAACCCCAAAAAGAAUGACUGUGAACGGGACACUCUGGUUGUUGGGAUCAUUAACAGCGCCACGUCUCUCUACGCUUCCAUUCCCAUCUUCGCCAUCCUGGGCUUCAAAGCCACGGGCAACUUCAACUCCUGCAUUAACAGUAACAUCUUGGAUCUGACCAACGCUUUUGACGUCGCCGAAAGAAACAUCACGAUCGAGAACUACGAGAGCUGGUUAACGCAUCUGAACACAACCGAUCCGGACAAAGUCUCCAGUCUGAACCUCAAACACUGCGACCUCCAGAACUUUAUGGACCAGAGUGCUUCAGGAACAGGGCUGGCGUUCAUCCUGUUCACGGAGGCCGUGAUCGAGAUGCCGGGCUCGCAGGUGUGGGCCGUGCUCUUCUUCAUCAUGCUCUUCAGUCUGGGUCUGUCCUCGAUGUUCGGCAAUCUGGAGGGAGUCCUGACGCCGCUGCUGGACCUGCACCUGGUGCCCAGAUGGAUGCCCAAAGAGCUCUUCACAGGUCUGAUUUGUGUGUUGAACUUCCUCGUGGCGCUGAUCUUUACGCUGGGAUCUGGCAACUACUGGCUGGAGAUCUUCAACAGUUACGUGGGCUCCAUCCCACUCCUCGUCAUCGCCUUCUGCGAGAUCAUCGGCGUCGUCUUCUUCUACGGGAUGAACCGGUUCAGUGAUGAUAUCGAGAGCAUGACGGGCCGCCGGCCGAACCUGUUCUGGCGAGUGUGCUGGAUGGGCAUCAGUCCCAUCAUGUUGCUGGUGGUUCUGGUGGCGUACGUCGUGGUCCAGGUCCAGAAACACCCCACAUAUCCCGCCUGGAACCCAGAAUACGAAAACUUCCCGGAGUCGGAGGUGAAGCCGUACUCGGGCUGGGUGUUCGCCGUCUGUGUGCUGCUGAGCACCGUUCCCGUUCUCUCCAUCCCCAUCGUGGCCGUUUACAGACUGAUCCGACGGCAAACACGGCCGCAGACCGGCAGCAGUCUCCCAAACCCCUACGACAACCAGGCCUUCAGCGCCGGGACCAUCAAAGCGCUCUAGAGACGGAAACAAACCCCUGCAGGACCAUCGCAGGAUUUUAAUUUCAAUCCAACAUUUCCUUCAGGAAGAAACACUGUUUUUAGGAUCUGAACUCUGAAA